AUGGAAAUCAGUCUGCAUCCACAAAAUAUUCCUACUGUCAGUAAGGUUAUCCAAAGAUGGUUCACCAGUCCUCAUGUCCAGAGAGUGCAGAUCAGAGAAGGACGCAUCCGAGGUUCUCUUUUUCUUCCUCCAGGAGAAGGUCCUUUCCCUGGAGUCAUUGAUAUAUAUGGUAGAAUUGGUGGUCUAAUGGUGUCUAAAAGCAGCCUUCUGGCCAGUCGAGGGUUUGCUUCUCUUGCCUUGGCCUAUUAUGCCUAUGAAGAUCUGCCAAGCCAAAUGGAGGACAUGGAUCUGGAAUACUUUGAAGAAGCUGCUCAGUGGCUGUGUAACCAUCCAAAAGUUUUUGGAGAUGGGAUUGGAAUCGUCUCUUUAUGCAAAGGUGCAGAGCUGGCCUUGGCAAUGGCAUCUUAUUUGCCCCAGGUGGCUGCGACCAUUUGUAUCAAUGGAACCAAUGCAAUCAAUGAAUUUGCUCUCAGAUACAGAGAUGCCAUCAUUCCUGGAAUUCCCUAUCGUCCAGAAAGAAUGCUGACCACAGACAGAGGAGUCGUUCUUUCUGGGAUACUAGACGAUCCAAAUAAGCCUGAACACCAGAAUUCCAUAAUUCCAGUGGAGAGGGCCCGAGGUCCCAUCCUCUUUUUGGUGGGAGAAAAUGACCAGACGUGCAAUAGCUUAUUUUUUGCCAAGGAGGCAAUAGCCAGAGCACACAAUAAUGGCAAGCAGGAUGUCUAUUUAAGGAGUUACCCCGGAGCUGGCCACAUUCUAGAGCCCCCUGGUUUCCCCUAUUGCUCUGUGUCCAAAGCACUUUUCAUUUCACUCCCAGCGAGCUGGGGUGGAGACCUUGUGUCUCACUGCCAAGCCCAGGAAAGUAUAUGGAAAGAGAUAUUGGAAUUCCUGCAUAAGAAUAUACCAUGUUCACGGCGGAAUAAAUUAUGA